UGAAUGCAACACUUCCCUUCUUCUGUGUCCCAGGUGAAACUCAUCAGUAUAAUUAGCAUAUUAGAGCUUUCUUCUAUGUCUGUAGGUUCAUUUUCUUAGGUAUUUUGCCAGGUUCACAGAAAACUGCUGGCUGCUCUUGGAUUCUUGUUUUUGAAAUGAAGAUUACAGACAGUAACGUGAUUAGAUUUCACCUCCAAGCCCUUUAUGGGAUUCAUGUGAAGAACUUUGCAAAGAAGAAAGGGAAAUUGGUGUACACUGGAGCCAAGGUGUUUGGGGUCCCUCUGGAAAAUUUGCCCAGACGAUACAUUCCUGAAUUUGGUCUUGUACCCUGCUUUUUAGUGGAUGGUUGCUCUUUUCUGUUGGACCGUAUUGCUACUGUGGGCCUGUUCAGAAAACCAGGCUCCCUUCCUCGUGUUAAGAUCCUCAGGGAGAAAUUGAAUCGUGGGGAUGAUGCCUUGUCCACUGCUUCCCCCUAUGAUAUCGCUACCCUGGUCAAACAGUUUUGCAGGGAGCUUCCUGAGCUCCUGUUCCCAUCUGAGGUUCAUGCAGCCCUGCUGAAAGCGCAGGCCAUCCCUGACCUCCAGGCCAAGAUGGCCGCCCUCCAGUUACUGUCCUGUUUGCUUCCAGCCAGAAACUCAUCCUGCUUGCAGUAUCUGUUUGACUUCCUUCACAAAGUUUCUCAGAGAUGCUCUGACAACUUGAUGACCAGCUCCAAUCUGGCCACAGUCUUCGUCCCAUGUCUCUUACCGCCGCCCAACAAAACCGAAAUGUCACAAGAACGACUUGAACUUCGAGUUCUUGUCCUGCGCACUUUCAUAGAGUUUCCUCAUGUUUUUGGUGUGAUUCCUAAAUCUGUUAUGGACAGCAUGAAAUAUUUUAUUCAUCUGGAGGAUGUGUGCAAGAAAAGAAACCAAAAGAUGCGCAGCUUAACAGUAAAACGAUCUGAGAAGAUUAUGCUCUGGAUUCAGAGUAAGCCAAAGCUCAGACUAACAGUUUCUGAGCCGACUCUUAUCUGCGUAACGAGAGGUGACCCAAAGCUGAGGAGAAGCAUUGGUCUGGAAACCUUCCCCAACAUCCAGCUGUUCAGGACAAGCAUGCCUAACAAAGAUCAAAGCUGCAGAUCUUCAAACAAAACUUUUGUUACUGCCCUGGAGAGACUGCAGCACAAAAACUGGAGGAGACUGUCUCAAUGCUUCGUGUGCGCUUCUUCACCCCCGCAGAUGACAGAAAUGGGAUCCUCGGCGCGGCUCUCUCUGCUCGGACUGCUGCUGGGCCUGCAGCUCGGUGGAGCUGCAGCCCGCAGCCCCCGCACGGCGGUGGACCAGGUGUCCGAGGCCGACAUCCAGCGGCUGCUGCACGGCGUCAUGGAGCAGCUGGGCAUCGCUCGGCCCCGGGUGGAGUACCCCGCACAUCAGGCCACGAACAUCGUAGGGCCUCAGAGCAUACAAGGUGGUGCUCAUGAAGGCCUGCAGCACCUCGGUCCUUACGGAAACAUCCCAAACAUCGUGGCUGAGCUGACAGGCGACAAUGUUCCCAAAGACUUCAGCGAUGACCACAGCUACCCAGACCCUCCAAACCCCUGCCCCCUGGGAAAAACUGCAGGAGAUGGUUGCUUGGAAAAUGCUCCGGACACGGCUGAGUUCAGCAGGGAGUUUCAGAAACACCAGCACCUCUUCGACCCAGAGCAUGACUACCCCGCUCUGGGAAAGUGGAACAAAGAGCUUUUAUACCAAAAGCUGAAGGGAGGACCAAAGAGAAGGAAAAGGAGCAUCAACCCUUAUUUACAGGGUCAAAGGUUGGACAACGUGGUUGCCAAGAAAUCUGUUCCCAAUUUCUCCGAAGAAGAAGCGUCGACCACCGCGGCUCCCAGCAAACCUGCAAUCUGAAAUGUGGGAAAACUUGGAAAAUGUUUGUAGGCUCCACAUUCAAGGAUUUGUUUCAUCAGUCAUUGGGACAGUGUUUUCAGCAGAAACGCUGCAUUUUCAUUGACUUAAAAUUCUGCCAAGAUCUAUCUGGUGAUUCGCCUAAAGCACGUGUCAAACUCGAGGCCUGGGGGCCAAAUCUGGCCCGCCGUAGCUUUUUAUGUGGCCCUCUAGACUCCAGAUCGCAUCAAUUAGUCCCUCCAGUUUUACACAAAGCUGCAGAAUUUAUGCAAAAUCUGCAGAUUCUCACAUUUUUUUUAUUUUUACUGCAAAGUUUUCUCAAAAUUGGCCAAAGAGUUUAAGUGCCUCAACUUUACCUGAUGUUGAGCUACAGUCCAGGACCGAUGCAGCAAUUAAUAAAAAUCCAAAUUUGGCAUCAUAAUUAUAAUUGAAACUUCUUACAAAAAUUUCUAAAUUAGUGCCACAAAAACUAUCUCAAAAUCUUGGAUGUGUGAAAAGAUGUUAAAUAUUUAAUUUUAAGAAACGGCUAUUUAUUGACAUUGACAAUGUCUGGAGGUUAAAUUAUAGCUUAUUUAUUCACAGCAGUACAGAGAAAACUUUUACUCACAUUUUUUAAAAAUUUUAUGAUUCAUUUGUCUCUUAAACAUCCAUAAACCUGCUUUUAUUUAAAAUCUGCUUAUGAACAUCUUCACUGCCGCAUGACACAUAUUUGGAGCUUUUUCUCUUCAUGAUGCAGUGACUCUUAUCUUGUUUACUGCAUCUUGUCAAAAUGUUUGUCUUCUGUUCUUGUUUUGUAAAGUCAAAUAAACGACUUAUCUGCA